AUGUCGCCAGCAGCUCUGCUCUGGGGUAUGGGACGGAUGGUCGACCAGUUGGAAAUUCGCUUUAUAAAUGACGAAUAUAACACAGAUGGCCUAUUCUCAGUGCCGCCUUCCCCGCAGCAGUGUGCGCUGGGCGCCGGUGCCACGGAGGCAGAGGACUCCUGCAGCCUGUCCUUCUCCAGCGGCUCCCCAAGGCUGACCACAUGCCACGUCCUACCCUGGAGACCCUCAGCAGAGCCUCGGUCCUGCGCUGCGCAUGUGUUCCCCGUGGCACCUGAGGACAGGUCGCCCGUGGCACGUUUGCAUCCACCGUGCCGCACAAUACACGGUCGAGCUCUCCUCGGGGCCCCAUCCCGCCUGCAUGCUGCCUGCGCUGCUGGCGUCAGGGAGGGCGGACCGGUGGCGCGGGUGGCCCGUGUGCAUGGCUGCGGCCAGUGUCUGCCCGCCUCACAGCGUCCCAUCUGCCGGGGAGGCGGGCUGAACAAACUGGAGGCCGUCCUGGAGGAAGAAGCCUUUGUCCGGAGCCGGCACUGCUCGGUGGUAUCUGAAACAGGUUGCCUGCGACGUGUUCACUUUCUAUAUGAUGAAUAUUAUACAGUCAACCUCUUUCCGGCAUCGAAUCCCACCUCGCUCGACCUCUCUUCUCAGUGCCCGUGCCAGGCAGCGACAAGGCCGUCCGUCCUGUGCCGGCUGACCCUGUGGAUCUUAUGUGGCACCUGUCACCUGGUCUACCGUAAAGGGUUGGGAGCAGCCCUCGUCUCAGAGGCAUGGUACCACUCCUCCAUCCCUGCUCCUCGCAGACAGGGACCCGGGCCUGGACCCAGUCCGGACCCUCGGUGCCCUUCGCGCGUGUGUACCCCGCCUCCGUCCAGACCUUGGCAAGAUGACCAUAGAAGCCUGGAAGUGCUGGGACUCCAGGUGACACCGAGAGCCUGAGGUCUGCAGCAGCAGCAGCGACAGGUCAAGGAGGUCUGGGAUCUUUUCUCCACUUUGCCAGCCGAGGUCUCCACACUCCCCUGGCGACGCCCGUGGAGCGUGCCCCCUGCGACCCCGCGCCCCUGCAGCAGAACCCGGGAUGCUCUGGGGAGCCCCGUCUGCAGUGGGCCAGAGCCCGGUGUCAGGGCUAAUAGAUUAUGCAUGGAGCUGCAUAAAUGGCAACGUUUGGAGAUGAAAAUUGCCGCUAAUGCACUGACACGUCCUCGGAAUACAUUACACGUGUGCGCGCGGAGACCUACGCUAGCCGCACCUAAUUGCUCCGAUGUCACCGGCGGUACUCCACAGGGACCGAGGGCACGGCUGCGCCAAGCCUCCUGGGCUGCUGGCUGGGAGAGCGCCGGGUACCUCAUCUCCCUCCAGGGGAUUAUGCAUGAGGCAAAAUGUCAGCCAGGGGUACCAGGCAAUCAGCAGUCUGCAUGUUCCCAACGCAGUUUUAGACCCAAAGAGGUGACCUUAUGCCACUUGGUACGGAAUUUCAUUAAAAGCAAAAUGACUGAUUUAUCUAUUGUUUGAAGAGAAGAGAAAACAAACAAAAGGCUUUUCUGGUCCCACAGCCAGAUGGAAAGGUCUGUCCCCAGGGCACACAGGAGGAAAGUCUGUGUCUUGGCCCAUCUCCCAGGCUGAGUGUAAAUCCAGCCGAUGGCCCAGGUUCAGGGGCGCACCCCCCUCCUGGGUGCCCAUCUUGUGCAAGGCCUGGGUGUGCCCCCACCGUGUCCCCUGGACGUGACCAGGACCUUGAACCAGUAAGGGAAGAGCAGGAGAAACGCAGUGAGCUGUCCUAACAGGUGUUUGCCUCGUCCUGGGCCCCCACGCUGAGGAGACGGGUGAAGGUUCUGGUUACAGACACAAAGCACGGAGAAGCUGAGCCACUCCCACAGGGUCCCACUCCGCCAAACGACCAUCAAGGGGAGGCCAUAGGGUGCAGCUGGCCCCAGGCUGCUCUGUCCCUGCUCGCGGGCCUGGAGCCCGGGUCUGGGAAUGGCUCCUUGUCCCAGAAGAAGGCAGCCUCCUGGAACUGGCCUCCUGAUUCUCUCCCAAGGUGAGGCAGGCUUGCGCUCCCCCGAGUCUGGGCUCCGGAAUUCUCCUGAGGUUUUCUCUGUACCCGCUCAAUGUCUCUCCAAAUUGGUGGCACCACCCAUGAAGUGGGUGCUUGUGUUUGUGUCUGACCCAGGCCAGGGCGGCUUGCCCUGUCGGAAGCCCAGGGCCCCGGGUCUGAGUACCAAAGGCCCACGCCCACCUGUGUUGUUGGACCCCAUUACUGGCUCGCUCCCUCCAAUGUGAGCGCGCUCAGGAGGCUGUGGGCAGGAAGUGAACGCGUGAGGGCACCCCAGACCCCACGCACGGCCCUCCCUCCUGCUGUGCACAGUCCUGGGCGCCCCAUUCAGCUCACCGCCCUCCGGAGUCCUCCAGGACACAGGGAGCCCCUAGCUUCAGGUCCAUCCCUCCAUUCCCAGCCUUGGGCAGGUAGGACAGUGGGUCCACAGGGCUCUGCUGUGGAGACAGAGGCCCGUGGGGCCAACGCCUGGUGGGCAAGCUCUACAGCCGGGCACGGUUGGCUCCGUGCAGCCAGGGCCCUCUGGGAGCUGCGGUGCUGGAGCACAGUAGGUGCAGCCAGCGCAUCUGCUAGGGUCACCUACAGACACAGGCACGGAGUAGGUGCUCACAUGCCGGGUGUACUCAGUCCCGUGUGCCUGUCACUGGAAGAAGCUCUCAGAGGCCCUGGGAACGUCUGAGGAAUGAAUAAAUUAAAACCAUGCUCUUGGAGGGGGUAAAGAGGCAGAGAGACGCGGAAGAAUCCAGGGAAGACGGACAUAAAUCUCCACCAACGCCGCCAAGGCUGUACAGCAGAGGAUGCUGAAGAGACCCCGCGGAGGCGCAGGGCCAUUUGUCACGGGCGAGCACGACGCGGGGCGGGGAGCAGGGCUGACGGGAGCUCAUUCGUCAUUUUCCCAUUAUCCUCCGAGGAGCGCUCCCAUUACCUGUGUGCUCAGCCCCACUGCCUGACGGGAGGGGCUGGGCCCUGGGCCUGCGGGGCAGGGAAGGGCGUGGGAAGGGCAGUGCCUGGUCUGCCCCCUCCAGGAAGCCCUCCCUGCUGCACCCUGGCCGGCUCCUUCUGCAGUCAGGUUCAACUGUUUUCCAAAGGGCUCCUGUGGACGGGGAGGCGCCCCCUUGUGCUCACAGCCGAUCAAGCAUGAGUUGGGGGCUACAUGAGGGGUCCCUUGUAGGCAACCCCACUGCGGCAGGAGUGUGGCUGUGAGCUGUCCCCUAGGAGGCCAGUAAGUGACUAUAGGACCCCAGGUUGCCUUUCUGUGCCCUGGGAACAGGGAUGGGAUUUCUUCCGGGGCAUGUGGGGUGUAGGGGAGCCCCAAGCCUGCCAUUAGGGUUAGUCUAGGAAGCCAGAGGUCCUGCCACCUCACCCGGGCAGCUCUUGCGCCAGCCUACUCAGUGCUGGGCAGAUGAAUGAACUGGAGCCCUCCACACCCCCCGGCUUUGCUCCAGGGAGAGGCUGUGCCCUCCAGGGCCCCUGGGGGGGGAGGGACCAAGGAGAAGAUGCCACAGCCCGGGCCGGGCAAGGCAUCGCGUGUCUGCCAUCCGCCGUGGCGUGUCCCCUAACGCUCCGAAAGCACUGCCAUUGCUCCGCUCUCUGCUUGGCAGGGGAGCGGCGGGGCCUGCCAAGGCCCGGGGGAGCCCGCCAGCCUGCCCAGCCUUACUGUACAAACAGCUGGGAAGGGGGCGCCGCUGUCUCUUCCUACCUCGCUGCCCCCCUCCUCAGUAAACAUGCCAAUUUAAAGUGUAAUUAACUCAGGCCGGAAGAGAAUUCUGAUUUGGACAGUUUUUCACAGUUGAGGUUGUUUUUCGUCUGUCUGUUUAUCUCUUUUCCCAGGGUGGCAGUGUCUGUGACAGGUUUCAGCCAGGAAAAGUACAAGGGGGACGCUGGUGGGAGGGGGCUGCUCGGGAGAGGAAGGGGUGGCGGAGGGGUGGGGCUGCUGUCUGAUGCCCCGACUCCCCAGCAGCCCCAGAUCUCCAUAGAUUUCUUGUCCCGGGAGAUAGCUGCAGUGGGGAAACCAAGGCAGAGAAGAGUGGGACGGCAGGAGAGACCCAGGAGAGCUCCAGAGGCUUCCUCGGAUGCGCCCCUUUCCUUCCAGGGCUGCUCUGCCGACCCCGCCCCAUCGCUGAAGUCUCCUGCUUGGAAUGACUGCAAGCUGUUCCUGGGAAGAAGGAAGACCCCUUCCCCGUACCCCUGCAGUGCACCAAGCACUCUGAUGGAAGAUGGGGUGCUCCGCAGGACCAGCACCCCUCCCUGAGGGACCAGAGCCCGGGUGGCUGGGGCUGGCGGGUGGACACUGGGUGAAGCGGACCACAGGGAGUGCGCAGGUGACCCCCGAUCCCGGGGAGGAAGGAAGCAAUUCCCCCCACCCGUCCCCUGCCUUUGAAUCCUGAGCGUUGAGAGCCGCUUGGAUAAUAAAUGCGUAUC